AUGUCGGACUCCUCAGCGCCCAGUUCCCCAGGGAUCAUCCAUGAAUUCCCCAGAGAUCGGAUUCAACAACACAUCAAUGGUAGUACUCGCGCGAACUUGCAGCCCAUGUACAUCCCACCGCAAUACCUGCCGGGAGGCAAACGGGCACUAUCAGGGGUUGCGAUUCGCGCCUUUGGGUUGGGCAUUGCGCUGGGCAUUUCUACAAUCUUGACCGUGGAGCUGGUGUAUUGGGGUUAUGGACUUUGGAGGGCACCAUGUUUUGUUGCAGCACUGGCCCUGUUUCACUACCUCGAAUUUGACAUGACAGCACGAUACAAUCCUCCAGAUGCCUCAAUCUCGUCUUUCCUCUUACUUUCAAACGGUGUUGGGUAUGCGGCUGCCCACUCUUCGGCCAUGCUUGAAUUGCUGGUUCGGUACUGGCUGUAUUCUCAGUACGCCCCAGUCUGGCUGAGUCUGCCAUUCCAGAUCCCAAGGAUAUUUCCGUCAGUUCCAUCCUCAAUAACUGUCGGGUUGGGCGCCACUUUGAUCGUCCUGGGACAACUUGUCAGAAGUGCCGCCAUGCGACAGGCAAAGACAAACUUCAAUCAUGUUGUCCAGUGGACCAAGAGAGCAGACCAUGUCCUGGUGACGGACGGAGUCUAUGCCUUCUCCAGACAUCCAUCCUAUUUCGGAUUCUUCUGGUGGGGGUUGGGAACGCAAGUGCUGCUAGGGAACCGCAUCUGCUUUGUAAUAUAUGCCGUGGUAUUGUGGAAGUUCUUCCAUCAUCGAAUUAUUCAUGAAGAACGGCAUCUGGUUUCUUUCUUUGGUGAAGACUACAUUGAAUACCGCAGACGUGUCCCCGUCCGGAUUCCAUUCAUCCGUUGA